CCUCUGGUUUAGUGUUUUUAUUUGUUACUUCAUGUGGUAAUUGCAGCAAGCUGAAGACCUGAAGUUGUUUUGCUGGGAAAAAAACCAACCUUGUUCAUUUUCCUGACCACUCUUUGAAUUCCCUGUGAGGAAAGCACUCCAGUAACAAGAAAACAAAAGUAGAUCAUUAAAAAUAUGCAAGUUUGCUUUCCUGCUUAAUUAGUAAGUUACUUUACUUCCCUGGAUUAGCACUAAUAACUUCAUCAGCACAGCAGCGUGACCCUUUAAACGUAUGUUCCUUUCCAGACAUUGCUUCCUAAUUUUAGGGGUUUCAUGUUGCUGAAAGCAUCCGAACAAUCAUGUGUGGAUAUUUUGUAGUCAGAAGUAUUUGAGCGAGCUCCAGGAGCGGCGUUUCACGCCCCACUUUGAGCAUCUCCCCAGCCAGCUGUCGCCUUGGCUCCCCGCAGCAGCGCCGGAAUCCUUCUGCCAGGAUCACCCCAACUUCUCCUGCCACCGACCCAGCAGAAAGAAGGCAGGCAAAAUGGAUCGCCGUGAAAUCCCCUCGGAGGCUGACAGACCCCACCAGAACCGUCUCUCCAGUGUCCCUGAGGAGGAGGAAGAGCAAGAUGCAGCUUACACCAUUGUGACAGUCCUGGACAAAGUGGCCAACAUUGUGGACAGCGUGCAGGCGAGCCAGAAGAGGAUAGAGGAGAGGCACAGGGAGAUGGAAAACGCCAUCAAGACCAUACAGAUUGAUAUGCUAAAGCUGGCCCAGGCUCAUGGCAACACGGGCUACACGGUGAACAAGGUCCUGGAGAAAACCCGGAAAGUCAGCUCCACCGUCAAGGAGGUGCGGGCGCGCGUGGAGAGGCAGAACGCCAGCGUGAGGAAAGUGAAAGCCAAACAGGAGGAGAUGCUGAGGAAAAACAAAUUCCGGGUCGUAAUCUAUCAGGAGGAAAGUGAGUGUCCUUCGUCUCUAUCUGUUAUCAAAGAGAGGACACCAGCUGAGACUCUAGAGGAUGAUUUCUUCCCACCUGAUGAUCUGUCUUCUGAUGAAGAAUAUUACAUCGAAGAAAGCAAAGCAACCCAGUUCAAGAAAUCAGGUAUGAAGCGCAUAGAUGAUAUCAAAAAGGCAUUUUCAAGGGAAAACAUGCAAAAGACGAGACAAAAUUUUGGCAAGAAGGUAAACAGGCUUCGAACUAGAAUAGUGACCCCUGAGAGGAGAGAGAGAAUCAGGCAGUCAGGAGAGAGACUGAGACAAUCUGGGAUGAGGAUCAAGAAAUCCAUUUCACAAGCUGCCCCAAAGAAGGAGGCAUUCAAGAUCCAUAAAAAAAAUAAAGAGCGAACAGGAGCUGAAGGUCAAGAAGGGAUCCAGGAAGCCGAUGUGCACAUCACCUCUGAGCUGACAGCAGCAGAGCCUUUCAUUGAAGAAAUCUCUUACACAGAGGUGAUCACUAAGGUAAAGAAGGACAAGAACAACUCAACAAAAGGUGCUUCCCCAUCAGCUGAAAAAAGAGUCACAAUCCCAGAAGUCGUUCUUAAGCAGGAAGGAAAAGAAGGAGGAGGAAGAGAUGAUGAUGUCCCUUUGCUAGACUUAAAGCCAUCAGCAUAAGGAAUCCAUGAGCAAGCACACCACACUCUCCUUACCCAACAAGAGACAGCACAGUCUGGAUUCACUCAGCUUUAGAAAAUAUGUGUGAAUUUGUGGUAUAGCCCAAAACAUGUGUUGGUGGUGGUCUAUCAUUUACAUGGGUGUCUGUAGUGUUGUCUUCCUGACAAAAGCCAAGCCAUGCAAACUGAAUGAAGGAGCUCCCCCUCUGUCUUGCACUCUGCCAUCACUAACUCAAAUGGAACUCGUGUCAAAGGGAGAUGGAAAGCUACUGUAUUUUCAGGAUUGAUUCAGCAGUCACUUUACAGCCUAAUCACUCUCUUUAGUUUUACAUACAACUGCAUACAAAUUACUUCAAUUACCUUAUACCAGCUCCCCAGAAAAAAAUAACAAAGCUAUUGCUUUAUAUUAACAGAAGGAAAAUCUAUGGAAAAUGUCCACUUAGCUAUACAAAUCUUGUUGUUUAAGGGCUCUCACUGAAACAGCAAGAGAAGCAAAUUACCUCUUUAUCCAGGGUGUGACAAGAUGUGGCAGGAAUGGUAGGGUUUUUGAGUAAAUUGUGUUUCUUCUCAGUGGAAUAGAGAAGUUCCUGAAAUGACUACAGAUUAUUUCCACAGUUCUGGGAGAGGAAGGGUUGAUGUAUGUAAGCAAUGCAUUUCAUGCACUUAUGGAGUGAGAAUAAAAAAAGCAGAAAACAGUAAAUAUGGAAUAGCAGGAGAAAAAGAGAAUGAGGUAUUGUAUUCAUGGUUUGAAAAGAUGAGAUUGUGAGAAAGGCAAGGGUAUGAAGCAGUAAAAGAGGAUGAAGAUUAAUGCAUGGUUUCUGGAUAAACAGAGAAAAAAAAAUAGAUUAUUGUAUCUGAAGUUUCCUCAAGAUCUUAUAAAAAAUUGUUACUCCAUCCAGAGGAUCAUGGGGCUCAUGAACUUAACUGACCAGACAAAGGAAUUGUUUUGUUUUGCAUUCUCUGUGCUUUUCCUGAGCUUCACUGCAAUUAAAAUCUAAGCUGCUGAAAUACAGGGCCAAUCCAUAACCCAAUCCUUUGUUUCCUAUCAUCAUCGUUAUCGACAAGCCACAGCCUCAGGGAUUAUGAGACAGACACCCUUUGGAGUAUGGAAUGCUGUUUAUUUGCAACACUCAGGAGCCAGUGCCCUGACAUCAGAUGUGUUUGUAAACAGGACCACAACGCUGACAUGGGGUGCAGGACUGUGUUGCUUUCUUCAUUCUUAAACAGAGCUGCCUUCAAAGCAAUUAUGUAAAGCAAUGUUAGUCAUUCAUAUCUAUGUGAAACUUGUACAAUAUUGCCAAAUUGUAUUGUAUUUAAUAUAUCAGAUUCAUUUUAACAGCAGAGCAUAACUUGGUUACCUAUAUACAUUGUUUGAGGACUCCCAGCUAAUUGUUAAUCUAUAAUUUAAAUAUAAUUAGUUUGAUUUCAAA